CCGACUCCAUUAAUACACACUUCGUCAGAAACACACACUUAAAUUCGCCACUUCACAUUCCGGCAGCCAUGGCAUCACUUGACACCACAGCUCCUCCACAUGUCACCACAGAGAAACCUCCGAAGUCAGUACAACAACAAUACAAGGGUUCUUGGGGUCCAGCUCUUGAUGCCGCUUUAAGGAUGUUCCUGUUUGCGACAGCCAUGGUGGCAGUCAUUAUUAUGGCCGCUUCUAAACAAACCAAACUGAUUUCACUUUUUCCGGGCUUCGCAAUACCAUUGGAAGCCAAAUUCACUCAGUCCCCAGCUUUCAUAUACGCCAUAGCAGCGCUCUCAGUGGCAUGCUUAUACAGCAUCAUUACUGGUGUGUUAUCGGUGUUUGCACUGAUGAAGCCGGGAGGAAGCUGGACAAAGCUGCAGUUUCAUUUUGUGAUAUUUGAUGCUCUGUUAUUAGGUAUCGUGGCUGCAGCAACAGGAGCGGCAGGAGGAGUAGCAUAUAUUGGACUCAAAGGGAACUCUCAUACCAAUUGGAACAAGGUCUGUGAUCAGUUUAGUUCCUUUUGCUCCCACCUUGCAGGCUCUAUUGUUCUAUCACUUGUAUCCUCCAUAACACUACUACUGCUCGUUUGGCUGUCCAUUUACGUACUUUCCAAAAAGCUCACAAGGGGGUAGUUCUAUUGACACCAAAAUUGUUUACGUCAUGAUAAAUAUGUAAUGUAACAAACAUUUAAAUGUGAGAAAUUGUAAUUUAUGCGUGGUCAUGAACUGUGAUUAAAAAAGGUGUAGACUUCAAUUAUUGUUUGUCGUAAACGUAAUUCUAAUAUAUAUCCAUUAUUAUAUCAA